GUCGUGAGCAUCCUCCUCCAAGCCUUUGCCAGGACAAAAGAUGUUUCAGCUUUGGAAACUUCUUCUCUUAUGCGGCCUGCUCGCUGGGACCUCAGCAUCUUUUCUUGAGGAUCUUCGCGGCAAAUUAGACAAUGUUUUCAACAAGCUGAAACCCGAUCUUGAGAAAGGAGCUGAGACCAUUGACAAGGUGCUUGAAGGUGUCUUCCAGAAAGUGAAGGGUGACUUGAAGACAAUUCAGGAUUCCGAGAUUUGGCAACAAGCCAAGCAGAAGUUCCAGGAAGCUGAGAAGUUGGUGGAAAAUACCCUUUCUAAGAUCUUGCCAACUGUGGAUGGUUCUUUGGGGUUGAAAAUCAGUAACAGCAACAUCCAGGACCUCAAAGCCGAACUGGCCCCUGAUGGCAAAGGUGCCACCCUGAGGAUCCCCAUCACCUCUACCGCCAGCGUGUCCCUGCCUGUCAUUGGCCAGGUCGUCGACCUGAAGGCUUCCUUGGAACUCCAGACUGAUGUCAGAGUUGAAACUGAUGCCCAGACUGGCCUCCCUUCAGUGGUCCUAGGAGAAUGCAGCGACGACUCAGCCAGCAUCUCACUCACCUUGCUGGACAACCGCAGUAAACUGGUCUCCAGAGUUGUGGACUCCUUGACCGGCGUCCUGAGCAAGGCUGUGUCCUCCCUGGUGCAGAGACAAGCGUGCCCAUUGAUCCGCGUCUUCCUCCACAGCCUGGAUAUAAGUUCUUUUGAUGACCUCAUCAGUAAACUUGAGCAGGGGGUCCAGCUGCCGUUAGACUUCUGAAGAGGAUGGGUGAGGAGGAUUGCUGUGCUGCCCACUUGCUGAUUGCUUCCCGGUGGCUUGACCUCGUUCCCUUGUAGCGUCUCCCCCUGGAAAGGUGACACCAUCCAACUGGAGUGAAAGUCUGAGCCCAGCCACAAGGACACCUCUCAGAUACUCCUUCUCCUCACAGUCGGGAUGGCGGCAUCUAA